UGCUUUUGUUCCCUUACCAAACUUUACUCAUCCACUACUCUUCCUCCUUCAGAGAGACUCACUGAACCAUGUCACCAAAUCAUCCAUUCCUUGUUUUUCUCUCACUUGCCCUCAUCUUCUUUCCCCUUUUCUCUUCUCUACCCGACCCGCACCCGGACCCCGCGACGAUCCAGCCAUUCCUACUAAAUUCAUCACCACCCGCCACAAUCCCAGCAUUCCCAGAGCAAUCCAACAUAGCCGGAUGCCCAUUAGAUCUCCCGGACGAGCUCUUCCGCGCCAUAAAAGGCGCGUGUGGCACCAAUGGCGGAAAAACCCAUCUCAAACGCAACCGGUGCUGCCCAGUUCUGGCUUCAUGGCUGUAUUCCGCCUACUCAGCCACCGCACUCGGCGGGGCGGGUAGAGUAGGCCCGGCAGUUGCUGGUCACACCCAAUCUUAUGACAUGCCUCUGCUUCCAGAUGAUUCUGAGACGUGUGUGGAUAAUUUGGGGAAGGCAUUGAGUGAUAAAGGUGUUGACUUGGUUAGGCCUAAUGAGACUUGUGAUGUGAUGUAUUGUUAUUGUGGAAUCAGAUUGCACCCAUUGAGUUGUCCUGAAGCUUUUUCUGUGAACCAGAGAGGGAAAUUGGUUGGGGAUAAGAGUGUGAAGAGAUUGGAGAGGGAUUGCUUGAGUAGUAGCACCAAUGUUGAUGAAUUGCCAGGUCUUGGUGGCUGUUCUAAGUGCUUGAACAGCCUCUACAAGCUUAACAGCAACAAGACUUCAACUUCAAGCAAAUUGGAGGACAGGACCUCUAAAAUGCAGAAUAAAGAUUGCCAACUCAUGGGUCUCACUUGGCUCCUCUCAAAGAAUCGAACAGCUUACAUUCACACUGUUUCAACAGUUGUACGCGCGAUUAUGAUGAGCAACGAUGGAUCCAAUCCUCGGUCCUGCACUCUGGACAGCGAUGGAAUGCCCUUGGCCGUCGAUUCCUCAGAAUUCUCUGAUCGCUCAUCUUCAAAAAGAACCGUGGUUUACAGCUCUGUUUUGGUCUCCAUUGUGUCACUAUGCUUGUCAUAUAUGCGCUUCAUCCUAUAGGAGAUAAAGAGUACCCAAAAAAUCUUUCAAAUGUAACAACUCCAAGUCCAAGUCCUGUUUUGUAUCGUUUGUUUGAUUGAUUAGGGUUUGUGGAGAAGGUGUUGGGAUUGUGUAUGACGUGGGUCUCCAUGGCAUGGCAUGUGCCGUAGAGUCAGAGUAAUGCUUUGUCUUGGAGAAACAAUGUUUGUGGUGUUUUUGGUUUAGCUUGUUGGGUGGCAUUGUGUGUUGGAGAGGCCUCCAUGACAGUUGUGUUAUCACGAGAACAUCUCACAAACAAAAUUUUAUUUUAUUUUUAACAAA